CAAAAAUUUGAUUUUUGGUGUUAAUUUAAAGUUAGGGUUAGGCAUAAUGUUAGUAGUGUGGUUAUGGUUAGGUUUAAAAUCACAAUUUAAGAAGAUAAUUUGUAGAAAUGGGCGGGGUUUAUUACUUUGUGGCUGUGGUGACUAGUGACGACAGUGAAUAACUAAUCGCUAGCGAGCAUCUACUGAAAAAAAUACACAAUCGUGAUGUCGGUACCAAAGUAAAACAAGCGAUCAAAUAACGUCAGCUUGCCGCACCUUGAUAAUCGAUGUGCGAGCCACAUCACAUGUCAACUGGUUGAAUCGUUGCAUGCACUGACAGCUGUCAGGGAAAUGGAACAUAUCCGAACGCCUAAGGUGGAGCAGGUGCGUCUGUUGGAACGCUUCAGUAACAAGUCCACCAGCGGGACGCUGCACCUGACAGCCACACAUCUCAUCUUCGUGGAGAGCAAUAACGCUGCCACCACCGCUGCACAGGAGAUCUGGAUCCUGCACCACCACAUAGCGUCAGUGGAGAAGCUGUCGUUGACCACCAGCGGUUGUCCUCUGGUCAUCCAGUGUCGUAACUUCAGAGUGGUCCACUUUGUGGUCCAGAGAGAGAGAGACUGUCACGACAUCUACAGCUCACUGCUCAGAUUGCUACGGCCAGUAUCCUAUGAUGAGCUCUAUGCGUUCUCCUACAACCCCAAGCAAAACGAGCAGCAGAGAGAGGAAGGCUGGCAGCUCAUCGAUCUGGGGGCGGAGUUUGAGAGGAUGGGCGUACCCUGUGACCGAUGGCAGCUCACUGACGUCAACAGGGACUACAAGAUAUGUGAGACGUAUCCCAGGGACCUGUAUGUGCCCAUUACAGCCAGUAAGCCCAUCAUCGUCGGCAGCUCCAAGUUCAGGAGCAAAGGACGCUUUCCUGUCCUCACAUACUUCUACCAGGAGAAGAAGGCAGCAGUGUGUCGGUGCAGCCAGCCUCUCUCUGGGUUCAGCGCACGAUGCCUGGAGGACGAGAGCAUGUUGCAGGCCAUCAGCAAAGCCAAUCACAACAGCCGAUUUGUCUACGUCAUGGAUACCAGGCCCAAGGUACCUAAUCGCAACGCUGUUAGCAAGCUCUUCCCAAAGAAUCUGAACAUUCUCACUCCAUUCCUUCAUUCUUUUGUUUAUCGCCCUCCCUCUCUGCAGUUGAAUGCCAUGGCCAACAGAGCAGCAGGUAAAGGCUAUGAGAAUGAAGAUAACUACUCCAACAUCCGCUUCCAGUUUGUGGGGAUCGAGAACAUCCACGUGAUGAGGACCAGCCUACAGAAACUCCUGGAAGUGGUGGGAAGUCGUUUUCUGUCGGUAAAUGACUACCUGCUGGGCUUGGAGAGCUGUGGUUGGCUACGGCACGUCAAAGCUGUGGUAGAUGCAGCCAUCUUCCUCACCAAGGCAGUGACCGUAGAAGGAGCCAGUGUGUUGGUCCACUGUUCAGACGGCUGGGAUCGGACAGCCCAGGUCUGCUCUCUGGGAGCUCUGCUCAUGGACCCCUACUACCGCACCAUCAAAGGCUUCAUGGUCCUCAUAGAGAAAGACUGGAUCUCAUUUGGACACAAGUUUGCAGACAGGUGUGACCAGUUGGAUGGAGACCCCAAGGAGGUGUCCCCCGUUUUCACACAGUUCCUGGAGUGUGUGUGGCAGCUCACCGAGCAGUUUCCCCAGGCGUUUGAGUUCAGUGAGUGGCUGCUGCUGCAGAUCCAUGAACAUGUUCACUCCUGUCAGUACGGAAACUUCCUGGCUAACAACCAGAGACAGAGAGAAGAGCUGCAACUUGGAGACAGGACUCACUCUCUGUGGGCGUUUCUGUUAAGAGAGCAGCAGAACUACCUAAACCCUGCCUACUGCCCCACCUACGCAGACACACACCCCGUCCUAGAACCCUCCACCCUGCCCUGCCACUUCAAGUUCUGGAGGAAUAUGUACCACCAGUUUGAUCGCUCCAUGCACCCCCGUCAGUCUGUCCUGAAGAACGUUCUCACCCUGAAAGAGAGCAACUGCAAACUGGAGGACACAAUAAAAGACCUGGAGGCUAGGCUACAGAAGCAUGGCAUCAGCCCCCCCACCCCGGACCCACAGGCUUCCCCUAGAGACCAACGCAUCCUCCCCACGCGCCCUCACUCCCUCAUCCUGGAAGCCCCCCUCAGCCGGAAGGAGGCACAGCGACAGCAGGAGGAGGAGGAGGAGGAGGUGGGAGAGGAGGUGACAGAGUGCUGCAGUGACACAGAGCGGACAGUAGAGGGCAGCAGCGGUACAGAGCGCAAGGAGAGCUACAGUGACCUGCAGGGGACAUACGGGGCCAAGGCCGAGCCCGCUGUGGUCAGCCUGGAGUUUGGAGUGGCCCGCAUGACCUGCUGAGGCGCGUGAUACUGGAGAAAUGGAGGAGGGGUGAUUGGGAUGGAAUGGAGAGAGGAGGAAUGGAAAGAGUGAGAGAUGGGGUCACUAAAGGACGAGUGUGAGUGAGUGCGUGUGUGUGUUGGUGUGAGUGCAUGUGUGUGUGUGUUGGUGUGAGUGCGUGUGUGUGUGUUGUGUUUAGCCAUAUUCCUAUGUUGGCGAAUGAAGGUUGUAUUAUAAAUCUUUAUAGAAAGCGGCAUUUACUGCACAUAGAAAGGCUUGUUUUUAAGAAUGUUGAAAAGCACUAAAGAGAAUAAAUGACUUCAUGAAGA